CGCGAACCUUCUUCCGAAAUGUCACAGUUUUGCGCUGCAUCGUCCAGGCUAUCGCUUGGCGCCGUUCUGCACAGCGUUUUCCGUGCUGAGCUCGCCUCCCUCAAUGAAUAUCCCAGUCGCCUCUUCUACCGUGGACCAUCUUCCCUCUCUCGUUCGUUAAGAACCAGGCGAUGUUUUAAUUCCUUUUCUCGUCUCCAAAACUCGCACAGCAAAAAAGUCGAGUCUGGAUCUCAGGGCUUAACAACUACUGCUGAUGCAACCUCGAAUGCUGGAAACCAGCAUAGCACACCAAGGGAUACAACGGAUACAACUACUGGGAGCAAUCAUGACACCGUUUCCGAGGCCCCGAGCCCUGCGAAGGGGGACUUGAAGCUGGGAGGAAGCAAUGAUCAAAAUCACUCCAGUGGAAAGUCAACUGCAGCUAAGAAGAGUUCGCAGAAAGACAAGGACAGGAAGGUCACCAGGCCUAAGCAAAAAGAAAAGAAGCCAGAGGGAUGGCAAAUUCAGAAGGCAGCUCUGAAAGAGAAGUUCAAGGAAGGCUGGAACCCGCCAAAGAAACUCUCUCCGGACGCGAUUGAAGGAAUUCGGCACCUGCAUGCGACGGCCCCUGACAAAUUCACAACCCCUGUUCUCGCGGAAGAAUUUAAAGUGUCCCCCGAAGCUAUCCGACGGAUCUUGAAGAGCAAAUGGCGGGCUUCAGGAGAGGAAAUGGAAGAACGGCAAAAGCGGUGGCAAAGGAGAUAUGACAGGAUCUGGAGUCAGAUGGCCGAACUGGGUCUGAGGCCCAAGCGGAAGCGUACUGAGGCAGUUUCAGACAUCAAGGUAUUGUAUGGCGACAAGAAAGCACCAUGAGAGGUGCCAGACAGCAUUCUAAGACAUGGCGCUGGUUCAUCCAUUGCCAUAGUCAGCGUCCACCGGAGCACUGAAGAUGGGCUCGAGAACACUGUGUACCGAGAUAAUAGUCGGCUACACUCUGGUCGGUGCAAUUGUAUUUAUAUUAUUAUUAUUGUUAUUAUUAUUUAGAAUUAAUUUGUCGAGAAAGAGCA